UCAAUAUCUCAAAUUCAUAAAAUUCAUUAGCACCGAAUAUUUUUCCGUCGUACUACUAUGACCAUGGGCCGCAAGUGUGACAAGUCUGAAAUCCAAAUUCGAAAGUCGGAUUUUGCUCGAAAUCUAAGCUCUAUAGGCAAAAACUGACUAAAAAUUCAGUAUCCCAGCAACAAAGCUCUAGGGGGAUGAAAGUUGGGAUAUUUCACCAUUCGUUAGGGUCUUUCUAGCAAAAAUAGUCGAUUUAUAACCUCGGACGGUUCCCUCGUUAGUGGAAGUGGUACUCAAACAUAAAACCAACUGGUAGGAAAGACUCUACUGAAGUGCCUAAGAAAAUUCGCAAUAGUUGUUUAAGAUUUAAAUGAUACUCGAACUCGGAUUAGAAGACUCAGAUUAUCGAGACUUUAAAAUUUUCAUAACACUUUUGACUGAUUUCAAGCAGAACUCUGUGUACUAUUGAUGGAUUUCUAUUUUAAACUCGUAACUUUAGGAACAGGAAGCUGCAAGAGAUUUUGAAAUAAUUGCAAGGCAUUUGAUAGUAGUAUCGCUAUAUCACGGAUAAAAAUUAUUUUUUUAACAAUAUUGCUAUUAUGAAAUUUGUUGGUAGAGCAGUUGGAAAUAAGUAUUUGUAAAUCGAAUAUAGAACUGCUGUUCAUAGCAGUUCUAUAUUCGAUUUACAAAUAUUGCUAUUCUUUAUUUAUUUCAAAAGCAGAUGAUGGAGACGAUCUAUCCACGAAAAAAUUCUUCUCAAAGCAACCCUUAUCAAACGAAGAAAGAAAUUAUUAUGAAGAAUGUAAAGUAUUUUAUCACCUGACAGAACAACCAUUAAUAUCAGUUUCUGAUGAAGUUCUGGACAAUAAUAUUGAACUAUCAUCAUCAUCAAUCAAAUUUGGUAUCGAUGAAGACUGUAAUAAAUUCGAUUUACGAGAUUUUUUAAGUAAAUUCUGCGAUAAAUUUUUAAAUUUAACGAUGAACGAUAUAACGGUCAAACAAAUACAAUCAGGUUCAACCAUAUUAGAAGCCGAAAUUUACAAUAAAUUUGAAUCAAAAGAUAAGAAAUUAUCUUUAAAAAUGAUAUAUCAUUCAUUUACACAUAAAUUACUAAAAGAGCUUGGUAAAAUGAAGCUUUUUUUCAUGUUUAUGGGUCCUAUUAAAUCAUUAUUCAAAAUACAAAAACAUCGUGCAGAAAUUAAACUAAAUUCUCAGUAUAAUCGUAUAUAUGCACGUGGACAUGAUUAUUGGCAAGGUGCACUUAACGAUGGAAAAGAUCGUGGUAAUAAACCCUAUUAUUGUCCUGUUGGAUGGCAAAGAUGGUCUUUUUAUGUUACUGAGAACUUUUAUGAAAAAUUUAAAGGAUGGUGUAUAUGUUAUCAUGGUACUAAAUUUUCAUAUGGUUUAUCUAUUUUAUUGAGUGGAUUGAAACCAGCAGAGAGAAACCAACAUGGUACUGGAAUAUAUGUCACUCCAUCCAUUAACUACGCAUGUCAUCCAAGAUAUUCGGAAGUUAAGCUAAUUCAAUCAUCGUAUCAAAAUACAUUUUUCAAAUCAGGUAAAUACGUACAAUUUGUAUUAGAAUGUCGUAUUCGUCCAAAUAAUAUUAAUAAAAUAGAUUCGGAAACAUUAGGUGCCAAUAAUACUAUUAUUGAUUCCAAUAUCAACAAUCAAGUUACUGAAUGGGUUAUUAAUAAUCAGAAUAAAACUAUCGUAGAUUUUAACGAUCCCGAAUCUUCGAUUGUUUGCACAGGAUUAUUGACACGUGUUACGGAUGAACAUCCUGGAUUAUUAUCUGAAUCGCAAUGGUGGUACAGAUCACAUUUAUGCAAUAAUUCAAAAUGUUGUUUGGUAGGCAUUGAUCUUAAUGCUCUUCAAAGACAAAAUCAAAGUGGCGAUAUUUGUAACAUUAUCUUUAACUGA